GGCCGGCGGGGGCAGCAGAGAGGCCCGAGGCCGCUGCCGGCAGAGCCGCCCCGGAGCCCGCCCGGCCAUGACCAUCGCCGCCCGGCGCCGCCUGCAGAUGCCCGGCCUGGCCAAGAUGGAGCAUGUGAUCGUAAGCAUGCAGGAUCCCGACAUGGGCAUCAAGAUGAGAAACCAGCGCCUGCUGAUAACAGUGAUCCCACACGCCAUGACCGGUAACGACAUCGUGGAGUGGCUCAUCCAGAAGUACGCCAUCUCCGAGGAGGAGUCCCUGCAUCUCGGCAACCUCCUUGUGAAGCAUGGCUACAUCUACCCCUUAAAGGACCCCCGCAGCCUGGUGCUCCGGGCCGACGACUCCCCCUACAGGUUCCAGACUCCUUAUUUCUGGACAAGCUCCAAGUGGCCGGCCACAGAACUGGAUUAUGCAAUCUACCUGGCAAAGAAGAACAUCCGCAAGCAGGGUGACCUGAUAGACCACGAGAAGGAUAACUACAACCUGCUGCACAAGAGGAUCAAUCACACCUGGGAUUUUGUGGUGAUGCAGGCACGGGAGCAGCUCCGCCAAGCAGCGACGGAAGGGGGAUCGUAUCGUCAUAGACUGCCAGGAGCAGGCCUACUGGCUGGUCAACAGGCCCCCGCCGGGAGCCCUGAACGUGAUGGAGCAUGGGCCGGAGCGGAGGAAUUGCCACAUCAGCCGGGUGCAGCUGAACACGGAUUACUACAAGCGGGAGGGAGCGUGGGGGUAGGUAACAGCCGGAGCAGCUCCUGUCCCUCCAGGAUUUGUGCCCUGCUUCUCGGGCUGGCCGGGCACUGCUGUUCUCUCCUCAACCCCACUCCUCUCUGCGCCCGCACCCAGAUCGAGUGCUGCCGAAAGGCCAUGGGCAGGACCCGCGUGAAGUCCUCCAUUUGCCUGGAGGGGUACAUCAAAUUCAACGAGCAGUACGUGCCCCACGAUCCCAUCAUGUCCGGCUGCCUGCCCAGUAACCCCUGGAUCACGGACGACACCACAUACUGGGCCAUGAACGCCCCCACGGUGACAACGCCGACCAAGCUGCGUGUGGAGCGCUGGGGCUUCAGCUUCAGUGAGCUGCUGGGUGACACGCUGGGCCGCAGGCAGCUGUUGGAGUUCCUCAAGAAGGAGUUCAGCGCCGAGAACCUGAGUUUCUGGGAGGCGUGUGAGGAGCUGCGCUACGGGGAGCAGGCCCGCAUCGCCGACACCAUGGACUCCAUCUAUCAGCAGUUCCUGGCCCCCGGCGCCACCCGCUGGGUGAACAUCGACAGCAAGACCAUGGAGAGGACCCUGGAGGGCAUCAAGACGCCACAUCGCUACGUGAUGGACGAUGCCCAGAUGCACAUCUACAUGCUGAUGAAGAAGGACUCGUACCCACGCUUCCUCAAGUCGGAGCUGUACCGCAGCCUGCUGGCAGAAGCCAUCGUGCCCCCAGAGACCAAGAAACGGGUUUUCCCAUUCAUGAGGAAGCAGCGUCACUCCAGCCCCAGCCCAGCGCUGCUGCUGCCCACGGGGGAGCCGGAGGCGAAGGCCGAGGAUCAGAGCAAGGCGGUUGCUGUCCCCAUGGAGAGCUAGGAUCCCCUCACCUGCCACCUGCCCCCACCCACUCCAGGCUGAGCGUUCUGCACUGACGGGGGGCAGGGGCUGGAUGAGGUGGGGCAGCAACUGCUGGGCCCCAUGGGGCACCUGCUUCUCCCCCAGCCUGGCUCACCAUUGUGGCAUCAGGCCCCCCAGACAGGGUGUUCUGGAGGCAAUGACCCAUCUCUGGCCUGCCCCACCUAGGCAGUGCCAGGGCAGCGUGGGCCGGCUGUGGGGGGUCUGUUCUUGUCCAACGGCUGCAGGUGGCUAGUUGGGUAAGGAGGGUGACUGCCCUGGGCUGGGCCCUGUGGGAGAGUGGCAGAGAUGGGGAGGCCAGCUGCCCAUGCAGGGCGGGCUCUCACCCCCUGGCAUGAAUGCAAUCCCAGGCUCUCUGGCAGGGGCAGACCCAGCCUGUAGCACCCCCGGGCCCCACACACGUCAUCAGGCACAGGGAGAUGGGUGCUUAUAUGCCAGUGCAGAGCAGCUCAGCCUCAGAGUGGUCCCCUCAACCCCUCCCACAGGGCAGCCACAGCCCUUGACACUAAAGGAUAAAGCCAUAUGCCCCGGGAGCCUGUGUGCCCAGCCCUCCGGAGCCCCCUGCACAGCACCACUGGGGCAGCUCCUGCUCCCUUUGCCUUAGCUCUUAGAGUGACCCCCAGCUCCCUGCCCCCGGUGGUUCUAUGGGGCGAGUGGCUGCAACGGGCCAAGACACACGUGGUCUGACUCCCCUCACUGAGCUGCCCACUCCUGGCUGGCGGGGGGUGUGUGUGCUCGCUGGCACAUGAAUACCAGGGCUUGGGGCAAUGAUGGGCAGGAGCAGAGCCUGCCCCAGAGUGGCACAACUCAAGACCUCUGUGCCAGCCUGGGUUUGUGACUGAGCACAGCCCCUCCCUUAGGGUCACCCUUCUCCGUACCCCAACCCUGCCAGGAGCACCCUGCUCUGGUGCUGCCCUCCCCCCGCCUCACUGAACAAAGCCACUAAUAAAGGACAACUUAUGGGCAACUCUGGCCUCUCUC